AUGUCACAGCAAGGAUGUGGUGGGUCCGCUGGUGUGAAAUUCCGAAUUUCCCUGGGUUUUCCGGCAGGAGCUGUUAUCAACGGUGCUGACAACACAAGAGCUAAAAAUUUGUAUAUCAUCUCUGUGAAGGGGAUCAAGGGACCACUGAACAGACUUUCUGCUUGGGGUAUGGGUGACAUGGUGACGGCCACAGUGAAGAAAGGCCAACCAGAGCUCAGAAAGAAGGUAUAUCCAGCCAUGGUAAUUCAACAACGAAAGUCAUACCAGAGAAAAGAUGGCAUGUUUCUCAAUUUUGAAGAUAACAUGAGGGUCAUAGUAAACAAUAAAGGUGAAAUGAAAGGUUCUGUUAUCACAGGACCAGUUGCAAAGGAGUGUGCAGACUUGUGA